AGGACUGAUUGAAUUUUACUAAGGAGAAGAAGCAGGUGUUUACGAACGAUGAAGGCUGUUCUGGUUCUGAUCUGGGUGUGGAUUGUCGUCGUUAAUCAACUAGAUGCAGUCUCUUCAGUGUAUCAGACUAGAUACGAACAACUUGGUCCGGGUUGUAAAAGGCUGUGCAUUAGUACAAAAUAUUUCAAUUUGACUUGUCCAUCUGGUCAGAUAAUAAACAUAACUGAUGCAAUCAUCGGGAGUCGCCUUAUCCAUCCAUUACUUGAAUGUACCAAUGCAACUAUACGCUGUAUUUCUGCUAAUCUCUCAAGAAUAGCAUAUAUUAAACAACAAUGUGACAACAAACUUAAUUGUUCAUUUGCUCCAAACAUUUCUGGGAGCUGCAUUCCUAGAAUCGGACUGCCAUUUGGUAAUAAUUUCGAGCAGGUUUGCUUUGAAUGCUAUGGGAUACGAUCAACUUCACUAACAACAUCUGAAAUUGGUACUAGAUAUAGCUCUACAACAGGACAUGUAGCUACCAAACCAAGAACGACACUCUCAAGCAAACA